UCACCGUAUCAUCACCUACAAGCUUAACUCUCCACAUACAUUAUAUUUUGAGAUCAAACAACUUAUCAAUCGAAAACAAUGGAAGGAAAAACUUUGGUUCUAAGUGUGCUCGUAAUGAGUUUGUUCAUAGCGCAAAUCAACGCUAAGAGCUGUUGUCCAUCCACCACUGCUAGAAACAUCUAUAAUACUUGCCGCUUUGGAGGAGGUUCAAGGCCAGUAUGUUCAGGCCUCAGUGGCUGUAAAAUCAUCGGUGGGACGAAAUGUCCUAAUGGAUAUACACAUGACACUCUCGAAAACACAGGUAAUGCUGUCGAUGCUUACUGCAAGUUGGGGUGUAUAUCCUCAGUAUGCAGUGCCUUAACCACUCUCCAGAAUUCUGAUGCAAGUGAAAUCGUGAGUGGAGCGGUUGACAGAUGUGCCAACGCAUGUUCUACAGUAUGUACCAAGGACUCCAUGAAUGCAGUUGAAACUGCAUAGACAAGAGCAUGAAAAUAUCACGGGUGAAGGAGGUUCACAAUGUUGUUUUUCAUGCUUUCAAUAAUUGUCAUGUAUGUGAUCUUGCAUGUUUGUGUAUGUGUGUAGAGAAGGUGUCAAUCGCUAGAUUGUAUAUGCCUUCCACUAUGUAUCUUUUCAAUAAUGAAUAAAUGUUUGUAUUAAUCUUAUGCUCA